GGCUUUCGCAUAAUCGUUCGUCCAUGUGCGGGUAGCAUGGAAGAGUUGUCACCUUCAUGCUUUGCAGCGCUACUAUAAGAUGGCAAUGCCUGAUCAAGUGGACCAGACAUGCAUCUACUACGACAAAUAUCACGCCGCGGUCAAGAGGGAGGCCGAGGAAAACCAUCGGGCACCGCGUGUGGCACUCUUACAGUCCUCGCUGAACCACCAUGAUCUGGCUUCAUUCCUCGAGCACGCGUCGCGGACCAAAUUGAAGACCACAACCUCUGUCUACAAGGGUACACACUACGAAUACACUGCUGCGGAGGCUUUGAAGACCUACAACUUCGAUCUACGACGGAUUGGCCGAUCGAACGAUCUCGGCAUAGACCUGCUCGGGAUAUGGCGACUCCCACAGGAGCCGCGCGAACUCAAAGUCCUCAUUCAGUGCAAAAUGUCGAAGCCAUCUCCUUCUAUGGUACGCGAGCUGGAGGGUGCAUACGUUGGUGCACCUGCAGGAUGGAGAGGCAACGAUGUCAUGGGGAUGCUCAUCAGCGUUCACCCGACCACCGCGGGCGUCCGCGAAUCGAUGCAAAGAAGCAGAUUGCCGCUCUGUUUUGCUCAGAUCACCGCUACCGGGGAAGUGUUACAGUUCUUGUGGAAUAGCGCGGCCAAGGAGACUAGAUUGACAGGCAUGUCGGCAACCACGAUAUACGACGCUGCGGGAGCAAAAUUCGGUGACAACAACGACGCCAAUUAG